CUCUUUCACUGCAGCGUCGCGUUGAUUUGCCGUAUUCAUAAACAGUAGAAGAAGAACGGCUUCGUCUCAACAAGAAAAUGAAAAAUGUCGAUCGUCUUUGUGCCUAAAAGACUUCGCGGCAAGGCUAAAAUCAACCAAGAAACUAUUCAAAGGCUUUUAGACGAAAACGACCAAUUAAUAAGAUGCAUCGCCGACUACAUGAAGAAGGGGCGAGCUGUGGAGUGUGUCAAAUAUCAACAAUUCCUGCAUCGGAAUAUUGUUUACUUGGCAACCAUUGCUGAUGCAAGCCCUGUUGUUGACAACACGUCACAAUCUUCAACGUGAUCGAACCUCAGCCUUUUGGGGAAGCUUCUUCUAUUUAUGCCCUCAUUUUACAUAGUUUUCCUUCAUUCCUACAGUAUUCUGUAUUAAUAGAGAUAAUCAGGACCACACAAAAUGCUUAGACCAGAAGAGAGAUAUUUCAAAUGUUAUUUUAAUGGCUCAAUACUAUGAUAAAAAGUUGCAGUAAUUGUGUCCAACUCUAGAACAAAAUAAUGCCGUUUCAAUAUUUUUUUUUAUAUUACUGGAAAGAAGUGACACUAUGAAAAUGGAAAAAAAACAAAAAACAAGUAAUGUUACAAAAAUAGAGUUAACAUUUUGUGGAAAUUGCUGCAGUUGUCCGAAAAUACUUGAAGAUUAAAUCAUUACUAGAAAAAUUACAUUUAUCAAUAUUUAUUGUAGUCAGUUUGGGAUCCAUUUGUUUCACAUGGAAAUAAAACUUCCUUUGUAAUAUUUGGUGGUUUUGUCAUAGUAUUUUUCAAAUCAGAUUUUUGUUGUAAUGAGAAAAAAAUUUGACCUUUUUAAAAUAAACAUUUUAAUAAUAUAGUAUGUUGUUUUUCUUACACUCAAAAUAUAAAAAUGGAAAUAGAAAGUUACACAAAUGAGGUCAACAUAUUUUGCCAUGUGUUGACCCUAAACUUCAGAAAAAUAUUUUUGUAGACUUAGACAAACUUUGCUCCACAAAGUAGCUCAGUUACAAAGGAUGGAAGGGAUAAUGCAGGUAUAAAGUAGACUAAAAAUGUACAAUAGUAGCAAUAUUUACAUAUUAUAUUUAUAAUAUGUUAUACUGAUAUAUUUUUAUGUAAUACGAUAAAAUUGUGAAGCAUUUGUGACGUCAUCUCUUGAUGCUCUCUUUCCACACAAAUGUUUUAAUAUUCUGCUUGUAUUUUUUUCCUCAUAUUCCGACUUAUUUUAGUGUAAUCAUAUUAGAUUCUAAUAAAAUCUCAUUGUUUAAAAAAAAAAAAAAAAAGCAUCAUUUUUGCAAUGUCACCCUUUUUUUGUAUAAAAACUACAUUUUAUUUACAUAAAAAAAUGUGUUUCCUCAUACAAACCUUCUCAUUAUUUAAAGAAAAAAAAAGACUUCUUGGAACAUUUGUCUUAUUAAAAAAAAAAGUAUAUAAAAAAUAUUUUUAAGAUAGAUCUUCAUGGUAGUAGAACUACUCACCCCCAAAUCCUCCACACGACACCUCCGCUCCGGACAGGCUAACCUCCGAGGACAACGAUACGAACUAUGGGCGACCGGGCUUUUAGCUACGCCGCUCCCAGUCUGUGGAAUGCUCUCCCUGACCACCUGAGGGUACUACAGACUGUGGAUGCUUUUAAAAAAGGCUUAAAAACCCUUCUAUUAGGCUGUUAUAUUUUUAUUUUUUUCCUCUUUUAUUUUUCAAUACACUGUAGCACUUUGAGGUUGUUUGCUCAAUGUAAAGUGCUUUUUACAAAAAAAAUCUAUUGUAUUAACAUUUUGCAUGUGAUAUAUUUUUGGUAAUUUUAUCUUCCAAAAAUGUACCUGUAAAUACAAAAAAUAUUUUCAAUUCACAAAUGAAAGCCCAGCACCACAAACAAGUUCACAUUAAAAAAAAUGAGAAGACAUUUUCAAAUUGCUAGUAUUUUUUAUUCUUUUUUUGCAUUGCUGGUACACUUGGGAGAUUUUAUGAGUUGCCAGCUCCAAAGAACAAUAAGCAACAUAAGCCAAGCAGCCCCCCUUCACGUCUUCUGGGUUAUUUCCGGACUGGAUUCAAUCCUUUGUGUAGAAGCCUCUAGUAAGUAAACCAUUUGACACGGCUGAGAAAAAGCUAACGGUUACAGUCUGUCAUUGGAUGUCUUCAUAGAAAAAGAAAAAAAAAGCUAAGGGAGAGAACACAUAACCCCAAAAUAUUGAGAAAAGAAAAAGCAACACUAAAUAUUUAUAUAUAUAUAUAUAUAUAUAUAUGUAUGAUUGUGCAAAGCACAUUCACUAUAAAAAGAUAUAUAUUUAUAUGUAUAUAUACAGCAAACUGUAAACAUUUUUAAGUAUGUUAGUUUUUCUGAAAACAUGGUGUCAUUAUCAUAAAUACAGGCAACAUUGGCAUCUGCAAACAUCCACAAAACAAACCAAAAAAAAAAAAAAGAACAUUCCGGGCGUUAAAUGGCGCCCACAGAAAGCAAAGAAAGAAAGGUGUAGAGGGAGGAGGCCACGCCCUCCUUGUUACGGUUUUCUUUUCUUUUUUUGGUAAAGAUGGAGGACAAAAUGUGCUUCUUUUUUCACAUCAGCGGGAAAAUAGCCUUUUUUUUAAUUUUCCUAACAUACAGUCAUGGUAACUAGAAAAAUAAGAUUAAUACUGUCAACACUUGGACCAGAAAAACAACGUCACUCGUGAAGAAGAAGAAGAAAUAUGCGCUAAUUUGGUGGUGUAAUAAAAACCUCCUCCUCCUCCUCCUCCUCAGCACCAUUCAUCUCCUGCUUUGGUUGCAAAGAACGCCCGUGGACAAGUGCUAGCAAUACCAACAUGGCACGUGUAGUAGUAGUAGUAGUAGUAGUAGUGUAUGUUAACGUGUGCUGAGCCUGCUCAAAGCCUCUUGGUAAAAACUCCUCAAUCCAACAUGUCAACAUGCCAGCUGUACGUUUGGCAGUUACAGCUCCUUUAGACACAGUUUGGGUCCGUUUUUUCUCUCGUCUUUCAAGCGGUCUCCAGCUCUUGCCAGAAGGGGGCGCCACUACCCGCCUCUGACAGAGAAACCAACACUAUGGCCGCCGCAUGUUUUAAUCGUAUUCGUAAUGAUAGUAGUACAUUUUCUGGGGAGGUGGGGGGACGUGGGUCACUUUACGAUGUAGGGAGUAGUAGGAGGGCCACACUGAAAAAAAUAUCGUAAUGUUUGUGAAAACAUUUUUUUCAAAGUUUUGUCGGAAUUUUGCAAACAGUGUCGGGACUAUUUUCAACACGUAGUCAUUUGUAACGUGUGUGUCGACAAGGUCCGAUUUUUAGUUGUUAAACCACAAAAAAAAAGGCAAUAUUCAAGAUCAACAUUAACACGGAGUAUGAAAGUCGGAAACUUUCCGAAGUCGGAGAACACGCGUCAAAAUGUCACAAGAAGAGUCGUAAUUUUACAGUUAAGUUACAAGAGAAGGUAAUUUUACAAAAACAAGUCUAAUAAUAAUCAAGAUCAACUUUAAGUGUUCGGAAGUCGGAAAAUGUAGGUCAAUAUGUUACAGGAAGAGUCGUAAUACAGUAGUUUGGUUACAUGAAAAAAGUAUUACUACAAAAAGAUCAAUGUUAACAUUACCACUUUUUUUUAUUAGUAUGAUAGUCGUAAAUGUUCAGAAGUUGGAAAAUGUCGGUCAAAAUGUCGUAAUUUUACAGUCAAAUUAAAAGAAAAAAGUAUUUUUACAAAAACAAGUCUCAUAAUAUUCAAGAUCAACGUUAACAUUUCCACUUUAUUUUUACUAGUAUAAGAGUCAUAAAUGUUCGGAAGUCGGAAAAUGUAGGUCAAAAUGUCACAGAAGAGUCGUGAUUUUACUGUCGUUUGGUUGCAUGAAAAAAUUAUUACUACAAAAAGAUCAACGUUAACAUUUCGAUUUUU